AUGUCAAGUUUCUCAUCCUUAUUUGGGGAUUCAUCGAAAAGGUAUGACCAAUCAUUAGAUAAAAUAUUCAGUACUAAGAAUGAUGGUCCAAUAUCAAAUGAUCAAUUACUUUCUAAAAAAAGAACUAUCAUAAACGUACCCGAAGUAAAAAAUAAGAAACGGAAACUCCAGAAAAGUAAGGAAGAAGAAGAAGACGAAGUGGAAGAGGAGGAACAAGAAAUAGAGGAUAAAAGCGAAAAUGAGGAAACUGAAGAUGUUAGUGAUGACAGUGAAGAUCAAGAAAUAGAGAAUAAAAGCGAAAACGAGGAAUCCGAAGAUGUUAGUGAAGACGAGGAAGAUGAAGAAGAUGAAGACGAAGAGACAGAGUCUAAACCCACAACAAAGAAGCAAAAAAAGAAAGAUGAGAAUUUUGAUUUAGAAGCUAAAUAUUUUCAAAAAAAUUUUAAAGACGAUACAGAACCUGUUUUAAUUAAUGAAACUUCAAAUGAUGAAGAAGAUACUAAAAAUAAAUCGACAAAAUCUGCAAAAUCAGCAACUACGAUAGAUUUUAAAGAAUCAGAGAUGGAAAAAGCUGAAAGAACAAUAUUUAUAGGUAAUGUACCAAGUGAUGUUGUAACUUCCAAAUCUAAAACCAAAGAAUUUAAAAAACUUUUCAAACAAUAUGGUAAUAUAGAAUCAAUAAGGUUUAGAUCAAUAUCAUUUGAAGAAAAUUUACCUAGAAAAAUAUCAUUUGCUAAAAAAAAUUUACAUAAAUCAAGAGAUUCAGUAAAUGCAUAUAUUGUAUUUGAAGAUAAAUCCGCAUCAUUAUUAGCUUCAAAAAAUUUAAAUGGAACCGUGUUUGAAAAUCAUCAUUUAAGAGUAGAUCAUAUAGCUCAUCCUGCUUCAAAAGAUAAUAAAAGAACUAUAUUUGUUGGAAAUUUAGAUUUUGAAGAACAAGAAGAAAAUUUAUGGAAAUAUUUUAAUUUAAAAUUAGAUAAUGAUGUUGAAUCUGUUAGAAUAAUACGUGAUUCAAAAACAAAUAUGGGUAAAGGAUUUGCUUUAGUACAAUUUAAAGAUUCAUUAUCAGUAAAUAAAGCACUAUUAUUAAAUGAUAAGCCAAUGAAUAUCGUAUCAGGAAAUAAAAAAGGUAGAACAUUAAGAAUAUCAAGAGCUAAGGCAAAUGCAAAACCAUCAUUAUUAUCACCAAAUCAUUUUGAAAAUGUUAAAAAAUCGUAUGCAUCAAAUAAAUCAAAAGAAAAAAAUUUAACUGAUUCACAAAAAACUAAAAUAGGAAGAGCUCAAAAUAUUUUAGGAAAAGCUGAUAGAUCAAGUAUUGGGAAAGUUAAGAGGGACAGUAAUAAGUUUAUAGAAGAAGGUCAAAGAGCUACAAAGGGAUCGAGAAUAGUUGGUAUAAAAGGUUUAAAAACUGGAAAAGUUAAAAAACCAAGAAUAAGAGACAGAUCUACAAAAUUCAAAGAUGAAAGAAACUCAAUGCAAAAGGAGUUGAAGAGAUAA